AUGUCGCACAAAGAUAUGACUGAUAGCGGUGUCAGUCAUAACACUGACCACGUAAAUGCGAUCAACGUCAACGCUUAUAGUCCACAGCAACAUCAGGGGCUCAUCAACGCUGUCAUCUCGGUUUUACAAACACCAGAGCAACUCACUAUGGUGUCUAAGCAGUACUCGAAUGAACGAAAUUUGGCGACAGAAGUUCAAGCUUAUGCCAAGAUUUCUGGUAGAGACUGGACAUAUUAUGUGAAAGGAUUAGAAAUAUCUAUUGGGAGAAAUACUGACAGCGUUGCAAGCUUGGCUAAUGUGGAUACAAAAAAUGGACCAUCUCCAAUUGAUAUCGAUUUAGGACCAGCCAAAGUGGUUUCUAGGAAACACGCAGUGAUAAAGUUCAAUAUGCAACAUGGUGGAUGGGAAUUGUUAGUUUUGGGUCGUAAUGGAGCUAAAGUUAAUUUCAAGAGAGUACAAGUGGGUCCAGCAGCACCACCAGUGCUAUUAUCAUCUGGUACUAUCCUUGAUGUUGGAGGAACUCAAAUGAUGUUUAUCCUUCCGGAGCAAGAACCGUUUGUCUCACAAACGUGUGUAAAUCAUUUGAUCCCAAAACUGGUUUCACGAUAUGGUACCAACCUAGAAAACCAUUAUAGCCGUAAUGACGUCAAUGCAUUGCUCUAUGAUAUAUUAAAGGAAUCUGACUACGUGAAGCGCCAACCUCCUCCACCACAGCAACAACCUCAACACCAAAUAAGAACUUUUAAGAUGUAUGGGAAUGGUGGCACCCACAAUCGGGAAUAUAACCAAGGUAUGCAGAUAGACGCUCCUCGAUACAUCAAUGGUGAAGCCAAUCUUCCUGCCGCUGGAGGAUUUCUACAUUCAGGUGCAGCAAACGACGCGAUCAAUCAAGCCAAUUCAAACCCAUCUUACCCAAGCUCCAAUGCGUCCGUAUCUCAAAUGGGUUUUCCACAAUCCCUAGAUUUCGCCUCCGACUUAUCCAGAGAUGAGAACAGAAACGUGAAACCACCGCAUUCUUACGCUACAAUGAUUACUCAAGCUAUUCUUUCCACCAAAGAAGGUGUUAUCUCGUUGGCAGACAUUUACAAGUACAUCUCGUCAAACUAUGCUUAUUACAGAUUCGCCAAGACUGGUUGGCAAAAUUCCAUCAGGCACAACCUAUCCCUAAAUAAAGCUUUUGAUAAAGUUCCAAGGCGACCAAAUGAACCGGGAAAGGGUAUGAAAUGGAAAAUUAGCGACGAUUAUCAACGAGAUUUUUUGAAUAAGUGGAAUGCAGGAAAAAUUGGUAAAGUAAGGCGUGGCUCAUCGGUCGCUAGACAACUUCAGCUGCAUUUGUCGAAAUAUAACUCUUUGCCUUCACAGGUGGAGUAUACUCCCGAACACACUGUCAUAAAGCAACAAAAUAUGCAACAAAAUAUGCCACAAACUGCAAAGAUUAUAACCCAUGCAGACCAUGAGCAAUCUCAGCAUCAGUGGCACUCACAAAUGGAGUCCGCUCUAUCUGUUUCUCCAGAAGCUCCUUCUCCAAUACCGUCACGACAAAAUAUACAGCAUUCAAGCCAGCAACAGGACCAACAACAACAGCCGCCAUUUCGCCCUUCGCAUUUGAUGCCACCGCCCAAUUCGGGACCUCGAGUAAAUCAAAACCCUACUAAUAAUGCACUCGUGUCUUUUAACAACGCAUCUUCAUCUACUGUCCCUGGUACUUCAUCCGGUGGUUCAUUUUCGAGCGCUGCCAGGAAAAUUACACCAAUUAUUACAAAUACCUCAUCAGCACCUCAAGCAUCUCCCACUCACGGUACAUUAUUACGUUCCCCAACCAAGGCUUUUCAUAUAACAGCCAUGGAGGCUUACACUCCAGAACGCGGUAGUGGGCAGCAGAGCAGGUCACCAGUCGCCAAUAGCGCUGAGGCAAACUUCCCUGAACAACAAAGUAAAGAGAGCAAGGUUGGACACAACGAUGGGAACCAAGAUAACUCCGGUGGUCCAAAGAAUGAUAAGUCACAGGCAAAUAGAAGCUCGCCAGGAGUCUGGAAUUUGUUGCAAUUUAGUUCUGUAAACAACACCCCUGCUGUUGUGAACAAUAACGAUACCAAGAAUCUUAACUCGCAGAGCUCUGAGAAACAAGCAAUCGGUAAUCAUGGAGCAAGAGAUUUGGACACAAAGGAUGUUGCUUCAUCGCCGUUGAAGAGACACCAUAAUCAACAUGGUGGCAAAGAGCUAAUUUUGGAUACUGAUGGCGCUAAAAUUAGUAUAGUUAAUGAUUAA